CGACCAACAAACAGAGUCUCAAACACUCAAAUAAAUCUCGAAGGUCACAAAUCUCAUGCAGAAUUGUCCCACCACGAGCAUAAUCUAGUUGAGCCACUUGAAUCUUCCUGAGCACUACCUGAGCAUCACCUGCAUAAAUCAGAUUAUCGAACGAAAAUAAUAAGUUCUGGCCCAACCCACUUCUUAAUUAGCCUUUCCUUUUAUUAAGCAUGCAUUAGCCCAUCUAUCUAUCUAUCUACUCUACUUAUAAUAUGCUGAAGGGGAAAACAGCUUCCCCAUUUCAAAUUUGCUGCCUCGGGAGCGUUUCUCGGAGGGGUAGUUUCGGAACAAAAAAAAUUGACUCGGCUCCUAUUGCGACGUCCAACGGGCCUGCUCCCAGUCAAUCCGAGCCUCCCUCUCUCCAUCUUCCGCCGUUGUCAAUCCGAGCCUCCUCCUCUCUCCUUCCUCCAUCUUCACCCGCCAACGGGCCUGCUGAUUUUUUCUCCCACUCAAUCCGAGCCUCCCUCUCUCCGUCUUCCGCCGGUGUCAAUCCGAGCCUCCUCCUCUCUCCAUCCUCCGUCUUCACCGCCAACAGCCCCCGCUGAUUUUUUCUGUAAGUCAAUUCGUGCCUCCCUCUCUCCGUCCUCCGCCGGUCUCAAUCCGAGCCUCCUCCUCUCUCCGUCCUGCGUCUUCACCGCCGAAAUCGUUCAGUAUCCCAGCAGCGUUCACUCACAGCAUGGUGUCGAUUUGUGUUUGUUUCGGCGGUUAGGGUUUUGAUUGGCCUGGGGCUCGCGUUCAGGCGGAGUGUAGGGUUUAGGCGGGAGAAGGUUGUCGUGAGGAGAGACCGGAGUCUCGGGGGGAGAGAGGUGGUGGUUGCGACGGCGGCGGUGGCGAUAGAAAGAGAUGGCGUGAGGUCGAAGAGGAAGAAGUUUGGGGUUUUGGAUAAUCCAUUGGCGUCCCUGAGUCGUGCUGUAGGGGAAAAUGAUUGGAAGAAGUACUUGGCUCGGAGGCAGAACACUUUACCGAAAUGGUGGUUGGCGGCGGCGGUGUCGGGGCACAUUAUUGGAGAAUCAGGAUGAGUAUCAAAGGGAGGCCAAGAGAUUGAUUCGAGGUUAGCUUUCUUUCUCUUCCAGUUGCUUUUUUUUUCAGUUGUCGAUCUUGAACAUUCAUGGCAUUGAGGUUUUAGGAAUGCAACUAUGUUGUUAGGAAGAACUUUUCGUCUUUGCAGUGUCAACUAGCUCGAAUUUAAAUGCUUGUGCAGUAUAAACAAAACCAGCAGGACACUCAAAGAUGGUUGGUCUACCUUUUGCACAUUUGAUGGUGGUCCUAUUGGUUUCCUUUUUGAGCUGAACUGAGCAUUGUAGAGUCCGCAAUGGAAAUAGUGUGUCCCAAGAGUUUCAAAUAGGCUCCAAUGAUAGAAAGUUCAUAGCUUUAUGGCGAUAGAUAAAUAGAUGUAUUAAAAUAUAAUAUGCACUUGCCGAGCUGCAUCUUUUGACGAGAGGAGGAAAUUGGAGUUCAUCGACACAGAUCCAGGCUGCUGAAAAUGGUGUUCUUAUUGUUUAUGUCAUUGAAAGCUCUAUAUCAUAUUUUAAUUCCAUCUGUCAUUGAAAUAUGGAGAACAAAUAACCCAAAUUAGAGCCUUAACUUAUUCUGCUUUUCUGCUCCUACACAUUUCAGCAUAUCAUUCAUGGAAGCUUUUGGUCUUAGCUGGACAGUAUCUUUGACUCCAUUAGGUUCUACUGUGCAUUUUGCAUAGUAAAAUCACUGGACCAGUAUUGACCUCAUAUUUUUUCACCAUUCACAGCUCCGAGUUUUUCCUCUAAAUAAUGUGAUUCAUUCAACUAAAACUUUAUUGCUGUUGUUUCCUUUCCUAAUUGUUCAUUUAUCACAGGUGUCAUGGUCAUUUGUUAACAGGAUAUGUCUGACUGAAACUUGGAUGGAUCGAGUUAAUGGGCGAUGUUGACAAAUUUCAAUGAUUUGCCAAGUAGGCUUUAUAUUUCGUUCAUUUUUCCUUUUGUUUUGUGAAUUUUGUGCCUUUGCUUACUAAAUCUUUUAUUUGUUGGUUUAUAUGGUUAGUUUUUCCUUUUUAUAGCUUGAACUCAGAAACAACAUUGACCUUGAUAUGAUUUUGCCAAAUCAAUGUGGGUAGUUUCCUUCUUUAGUUGUAUUUGAUCUUGCUUUUAUGACAUUGCUUGCGGUGGAAAUGCAAAUUUUAAGUCCGAAAGCUAUGUAUAUGUGAUUUGUCUCUUUUGUUCUUUGUUCUUUUGUGGUGUUUAUGUUUGAUUAUAAUAUUUUGAACCCUUGAUUCUCACUGUACAAAGAAAGCAACCUGAUUAUCAUGCCCUGCUCCUCUCUGUUUUUCAUUAUCAAUGAUUUGCUUAUGGGCUUUGUUGUUCGUUUAUUCCUUCGUAUGCAGGUAAAAGUUUAUCUCUAAUGUCCAGAUUUUUGCGGUAAUUGUUGUCGUCCCAUUUUAUUAGCUCUUGCUUGAAAAAUAAGUUAUUCAAAAAAAUUACAACGCUAGCAGCAACGCUUUAAUGUAUGCAAUGUGGUUGAUGGAUGGGGUAAUGCAAUCUCUGGCUUUGGUUGCUUAUAGGAGCUUUUUUUGUUGACAUUUGGGUUGUGUAUUGUGAUGAGUAGUUGAAUGGGUAUCAUUUUGGUGUGAUGGCAUUCUAUUGUUGAGUUUAUAUAUAUUGUAUGCCUUUGUGUGGAUAGUUGGUGAUAAAAUGGAUAAUCAGGCAAAAACAUUUUGUGUGAAUUUGAAAGCCAUCAUUAUAAGUGCAGAUGUGGUGGUGUCUACGGUACAACUGCACAAGUCAGUUGGUUUAGAAGAAUGGUUUCUCUACACUCUUCAUGUUUCUUAUGGAGAAGCUUGAUAUUGUGUAUUAACUACCGGCUUUUGGUCCAACUUUGAGUCUGCUUGAGACAUUAUUUAAUAAUCUCAUACAAUUGUUCACUACUACAGGCUUAAGUUAAAUGUUGCCGCCAUCAAUGUUAAUACCAUGCUCAGUUUUGGACAUCAAAAUUCUCAAUUGAAUUUUCAGGGUUUGGCUCCAAACAAGAUACAUCGGGCACACCUGAUAGUUGAAUGGCUUCUUUCACUCAUGAUAUUCUUCGUUGGUAGGCUUCUUUUGACUUUCUUUGCUGUUUAGAAAUUAGUUAUUAACCUUUUUGUGAUCACAAUUUGUGUUUUUUCUUUCAUUUAAUCUUGCUGGGAUUGAGCUUAGACGUUUGGGAUUUAAUCUGAAGCAACUGGAAAGUGGCAACUUACAAAUUGGUAAGCUUGCUUUGUGACAAGCCCUACUCUAUAAACAGUUCUUUCUUUUUCUCUUAUACAAGUGAUGGGUCGCUUUAACUUUGCAUUCUUUAUGUGCUUCUUUUAUGGAAGGGCAUGAUUAACUUUGCUUUGGAUGAAAGCUGAAUGAACUGGCGGGAAUAAGAAGUGUGUAACUUGAUUUCGUUUAAAGAAGGGGACCAAAUUGUUUGCUGAAGGAAAGUAAAGGGCCCCAAGAAGAAGUUUGGCAAUAACAGGUCAAUGUGUAACUCAAGAGGAUCCUUAUAUUUUAGCCUUCCUAUCAAUGUCCCUUUUAUGGGCUUCUUCCCUCCAUGCAUGCAAAAUUCAGUAGUGCAGCGAGCUUGCAAGCCCCAACAAAAAUUUGUAAAAAAAAUUAACUUCAUGAGAAGAAGCUUCUACUGGGUUCAGAUGCAGUAAUCGCUUUGUUAAUUUAUCAACAACAAAUUUUAAUUUUUUCAGUUUUUGUACUGGUCUUUAAGUUUCAAGCAAGUUCGGAUGAUGGGAUUUUGGAAGUUCAUUAAGUUGUUGCUAUUUAGCAAUCCGGUUCCUUAUAAUCCUCUGCACUGGCUAGGAAUCCUCUUUCUAAAGUCGUGAUUUUUUUCCUAAAAUAUAAUUUUCACAACAGUGAUUGUAUAUUUGUGUUUAGGCUAUGAAGUGUUUUAUUUAAACCAAAAGUUCAAAAAAAAAAUACUCACAGGAUUGUAGAUUUUGGUCAUUAUACUAAGCCUUCAACUAUAGUCAUUAGUCAAUACGAACUAUUAACAAAAAAAUAUACAAACUCAUUACCAGUAAUAUCACAAACAACAAGUAACAUAAAUAUUAUCUUCCAAUCAUGCAAGAACUAUAUAAAAAAUCCCAAUUCAUUUAAAAUAUACACAAUUUGAUCCAACAAUCAUGAGACGAGAUUGAUUUUCAUACGGUAUUUCAAAAUUAUUUUUUUGAUGUGUCAAUGAAUUUGUACAUCAAAGACAAUCUAAAUAAGUGAACAUGAACAUGAUUAUGCAUUUUAAUUCUUUAGAUAAAUAAAUUUAUUUAAACCAUGAACUAACUGCCAACUCACUUGAUUGUUGAAUGAGUAAUUUUAUUUCUACCAUUUAUAGGAAUUAAUUUAUUCCUAAUAUUUUUUAUGUUUGAAAUCUUUUAUAUGUGAUUUAUAAGUGUUUGCUCAUCGGGUUGAUAGUUUUUGAAGGUUGGUGCCCACAACACUCAAUCUCGACCUGGGCCGGUUCGAGAUGGUUUAGAUUGGAGGGAUGCAAGUUUAUUGUUGGUAUUUGGCAAUCAAUUAUGACAAUUAAAAAGGAAAAGUAUAUGAGAAGUAUAUCAGGAAAAUAGCAAAGAGAGAGAAAUAUGGAUCUCGAUGCAGGAGGUAGGGAAUAAUUUAAGAAUGAUUGUUUGACAAAAAAUAGUUGAAGACAAUACAAGCUCUCUAUAGGAUUGAGAUUCGCAGACAAAUUAUCUCCCAAUCAUUAGCGAUCGACUAAUACUCUUUAUGAUUUAGAAUCUUUUACACAAGCUGUGAACUUAGCCAAAUAAAUAGCUCAGAACUAG